AUGACCGCCAAAGUUGGUGCAGGAGUGAUGGCAUGUGCCAGCGGGGCUGUUGGCGAAGCUGCCAGUGGAGGUGAUGCCUGCAGAGGAGGUGGUGCUGCAGAUGCGAGUGGUGUGGGUGGUGCCGGGAUUGCCGCAGAAGAUGCAGAAGGCACGGGCAUCAGGGUGGGUGUGGAAGAUGCUGCCGGAGUCGUGGCAGCAUGGGCCUUCGCUGGUGGUGUCAUAAUUGUCGGGGUAGGGGUCGGUGAUGCCGGAGAUACCAGCGGCCCAGAGACAAUGCCGAACGCAUGUUCCAAGCGCCGGUUCACGGGCGUCAAGGUACUUGUUGAGGGUGACGAACUGGGCCAAGAUGAGGUCGAGCUUGGCAGAGAUGGUUGCAAGAUCGGUGUCGAGGCCGGCCAUGGACGUAUCGACAAACAUACUAUUGAUAUGUAUACAGCUACAGGAAAGGUCACUACAAAAGUUGAUGUGUAUGCAUACGGUGUGAUACUAAUGGAGAUGAUUACGGGAAGGAAAGUACUUGAUGACUCAUUACCCGAGGAUGAAACACAUCUUGUAACAAUCUUCCGAAAAAAUAUGCUUGACAAAGAGAAGUUCAGGAAGUUUUUGGACCACACCCUGGAGCUCAAUGCUGAAUCUUGGAACAGCUUGCUGGAGGUGGCUGAUCUUGCUCGCCAUUGCACAGCGCGGGAACCAUACCAGCGGCCAGACAUGUGUCACUGUGUGAACAGGCUUUCCAGCCUAGUGGAUCAGUGGAAGCCAACAAAUAUUGUUGAUGAUGAUGAGGAGGGUGGGACAAGCGAGAUGGGUCUUCACCAACAGCUAGAAAGAUGGAGAUGCGAUGAUUUCACUAUAUCAGAUUCAGAUUCAUUCAGCACAUACAACACAUCAAGGAAGUACCAUUGA